AUGGGCCCCUGUACCGCCUCCUCAUGCUGCUGCCAGGCCCGUAAUCUGCCAUGGGCCCCCGUACCGCCUCCUCAUGCUGCUGCCAGGCCUGUAAUCUGCCAUGGGCCCCUGUACCGCCUCCUCAUGCUGCUGCCAGGUCCAGAGUGUGUCAUGGGUCCCUGUACGGCCUCCCAUUGCUGCUGUCUCCAUCGCCACACUCUGCCAUGUGCCACUUUCAGGUCUCCUCACACUGCUGGUGGGUUCCAUUUUUGUCAUAGGGUGCUGUAUGGCCUCCCAUUGCUGCUGCCUCCACCGCCACACUGUGGCUCCACACUCUGGUUUUGGCCCCGUGACUGCCCAAAUGAGUGAAGUGCGCGGUGAUUCUAAGAUCGACGGCACUCAUCUGCAUGUCAUACUGACUGACAGUAUUAUUUCUCUUCCCCAGCAGACUCCAAGGGCAUUUAAAUUAAAGGUACAGUGUUCUGCACUAAUAUAA